GUUAUUGAACGUUAAAAGCCAAGAGGCGCUCUCUCUCUCUCAUCGCAGAUAUCAUCAUCAUUCAUCAAAUUCAAAUCGAAAGGGGCUUAGGGUUUGAGAGAGAGAAGAGGUCCAAAAUCCGAAAUCACGGAUCAUCGUCUUCGAUCUCAGCAGCAAGAUCUCCCGAUGGACAAGUACGAGAAGCUCGAGAAGGUUGGCGAAGGAACGUACGGGAAGGUAUACAAAGCCAUGGAGAAGGCGAGUGGGAAGCUUGUUGCCCUGAAGAAGACGAGACUCGAGAUGGACGAAGAAGGUAUUCCUCCUACUGCUCUUCGUGAGAUUUCCCUUCUCCAGAUGCUCUCCCACUCUCUCUAUGUCGUUCGCCUCCUCUGCGUCGAACAUGUUCUCCAAUCCACCGACUCCAUUUCCCCUUCCCCAGCCGUUUCUCCCUCUCCCAAAUCCAAUCUCUACCUCGUCUUCGAGUAUCUUGACACCGAUCUUAAGAAGUUCAUUGAUUCGCACCGGAAGGGUCAAAACCCCAGACCCCUUGACCCUUCCCUCAUUCAGAGGUUUAUGUUUCAGCUCUGCAAGGGCGUUGCCCACUGCCACAGCCAUGGCGUCCUCCACCGUGACCUUAAACCCCAGAAUCUUCUUCUCGACAAGGAUAAAGGCAUCCUUAAGAUCGCCGAUCUGGGUCUUGGCCGUGCUUUCACCGUCCCUCUCAAAUCCUACACCCACGAAAUCGUCACCCUCUGGUACAGGGCUCCUGAAGUUCUCCUUGGAUCCACUCAUUACUCCACCGGUGUUGAUAUUUGGUCUGUCGGUUGCAUCUUCGCCGAGAUGGUUAGGAGGCAAGCCCUCUUCCCAGGUGAUUCUGAGUUUCAGCAACUGCUUCAUAUUUUCAGAUUGCUGGGAACACCGACAGAACACCAAUGGCCGGGGGUUACUUCUCUGCGUGACUGGCAUGUCUAUCCAAAGUGGGAACCACAAAACUUAGCACGUUCUGUUCCAUCACUCUCUCCUGAAGGAGUUGAUCUUCUCUCGCAAAUGCUCAAGUAUGAUCCAGCCGAGAGAAUUUCGGCCAAAUCGGCACUCGACCACCCUUAUUUCGACAGCCUUGACAAGUCUCAGUUCUAAAGAUGCGCUCUUUAUACACCGAAUUCGAGUUCUCUCUCUUGGGGAUUUGCUUGUUUUGUCAAUCAUCGUCUCGGUGAUUUUUGACGUUUGGUUUGCAUAACGUUCUCUUCUUUCUUUACGCAUUGGUUGUAUUCCUGACUUGUAAGCUACAAAGAAAAACCGAAAGGUUUCUUGAUAUUUCGUUAUUGAAUGAUCUUUUAUCA